UAGGACCCAUCGGACUGUGACCAGCUGAUCUUCCGGCGCUAGGACCCCGCGGACACCGCGCUCCUCUCUUUGUCUCCACCAGUCAGCGCCGCCUCCUCCUCCUGCUGCUGCUGCCGUCCUCCUGUAGUCUCACUCCGAGUCUCUCCCCAUCAGCAGCGGCUGGAUGCUUGCAGGGACGGAAACAUGGCUGUGAAUCUCGGCAAGAACCGGCUGGCCCUGCUCACCGCCUACCAGGACGUCAUCGACGAGACCACGGACACCGACUGGGCCUUGUACACAUACGAGGAUGAAAGCAACGACCUGAAGCUGGCGGCGUCCGGAGGAGGCGGCCUGGCAGAGAUCACGCUGACCUUUGACAGCGGCAGGGUGAUGUACGGCUUCUGCAGCCUGAAGGAGCCCACCGCCGCUCUGCCACGAUACAUCCUCAUCAACUGGGUUGGAGAUGAUGUGGCAGAUGCCAGGAAGUGUGCCUGUGCCAGCCAUGUCGCCACCAUCGCAGACUUCUUCCAGGGGGUGGAGGUCAUCAUCAAUGCCAGCAGUCUGGAGGACAUCGACCCCAUGGCAAUCGGGCAGCGCCUGACCAAUGGGACGGCAGCGGUGGCGAGCCCGGUCCUGAGCCGUCUGAAGACCCGAGAUGAAGAGCACGCAGACGUGGGCACGGUGUACGAGAAGACCAACGCAGAGGUGGAGAUGAAGAAAAUCAAUAGACAGGAGUUUUGGGAGCAGGCCAAGCGUGAAGAGGAGAUGAGGAAGGAGGAGGAGAAGAGGAAGGUGGCGGAGGAGCGGCAGCGCUUCGAGGAGGAGCGAAUGGAACUGGAGAGGAAAGAGCAGGAGAACCGAGAGAAGAGGUACCGCGAGAGGGAGCAACAGAUCGAGGAGCACAGAAAGAAGAUGCAGGAGGAGGAAGAGGCCAAAGAGAGGUUGCGAAAUCAGACCCCCGUAGCAGCAGAGCCGAGCAUCGAGGACCUCAACCUGGACAAGAAGGAAUCUGAGGUAGAGGAAGCGAAGGCCAUCAUCGCUCAGCGGUCAGGAAACCCUCGAGAGUUUUUCAAGCAGAAGGAGAGAGCCAUGACCAUCAGUGUGGACACCUCGCCCGUCUCCAUCCACCGGAGCGCGGACAAUGACGAUGAAGUGAGCACAGAGCGCAACAUGGCCACCGUGUCACCCAUUCCUAAAAUAGUCACCACGCCCAUCAAAGAAGACUACAGCAGGGAUGAGGAGGAAGACCGCGCAGACGAGUGGGAUUCGGUGCCAAAGCAGGACCAGAAACCUCCGGUCCAGGAGUCGACGCCCACCAAGCCCGUGCAGAGUGUCGCCCCGCAGGCCCGCGACUCCUCCGGUGUCUCUGCGUGCGAGUCCGGCACUGACAGCCUGGUUGACCUGUGGGACGGCAGCUCCGCCCCUCCAGCCAAUGCCGCCCAGCCCGCCCAGUCCUCCAAUCUGGUGGACCUAAUGGGAGAUGUUCUCCAUGACGACCUCCCGCCCAGCACUGCUGCCGCCAGCGGCCGGCCUCAGCCGCUCCUCAGCUUUGACGAGAUGAUGGACGGGACUUUCUGCUCGGGUACUGGCGCCGAAGACGACCCGUCCAGUUUGGUGGACGUGACGGGCUCUGAUCAGAUGACCCUGAGCUACCAGCAUGCACUGCAGCAUGCAUCCGGGGAGGGCCAGGAGCUGGAUGACGGACAGCUGCUGAUGACCAAUGGGGAGGCUCUGCUGAAAGAAGGCACUCAGGCGAGCGAGGGCUACUUCAGCCAAUCACAGGAGGAGGAAUUCGGGACAUCAGAGGAGUCCUCGGCUAAACCCGCACCGGUCUUUUAUAACAAGCCACCAGAGAUUGACAUCACGUGCUGGGACACGGACCCCGUGGUUGACGAUGAAGACGACUAACCGGCCUAUAUGACACCCACACCACCACCGCCACCGGACCAAGAGGAAGUAGGAAGUGCGCUUCAUGAGGAAACAGAUUUUUUUUCUAAAAAAUAAAAAGAAACAAACAAAAAAAGUAAUAAUAACAAGUCUUGCAUCAAAACUACUUCUGUAUUAUCUUUUAGAAUCAGUAGCCACAGAAAAGAGACAGGGUUGUUGACGGUUUGGAACGAUUUUUUUUUCUGUGUUUAUUUUAUUUAUUUGCUGUUUUCUUUCUUUUUUCUUUUUUUUUUUUUUGCUAUGCAGAUGUAUUAGCUGGGAGUGGGGGGAUUUUUUUUGUUUGUGUACAUGAUAAUUACACGUAGCGCACUGCUGCAUUUUAGAGACAAUGAAGCCUGGCGUGUGGUCGACACGCUUAGUCUGUAGUACUUCAAUAACACCCUAUAAAACUAAUACAGCCGAUCAAUACAGCUGCCAUGUAUAGCUUCACUCUGUUCUCUUCUUACCUCGUUUUCACCACCCUCCUUCUUCCCUUCCUUCCUGAAAAUAUUCACCUCUGCAAGUCAGUUAAUCUUGUAUUUAGAGCUCACUUCACAGAAACAAGGUGAAACAUUUUAUUUAUUCUGGUGUUUCUCAGCUGCAAUCUGUUCUCCAAGUCAAACUGUGGCUCCUUUUUGACCUUUUUCCACACCUUUUGUAUGAUUUUACUGACUGAAUUCAAGAUUAAAUGGCUUGUGAAUCUGA